AUGUUGGCCAUAAAAAAUGCACUGUCUGCGGUGAAAUCCAGGUCACUUUCUAGAUGCAUUUCGAGCUGUCAAAUUAUGUUUAAAGAACAUGGGGAACCUCUUGACGUUCUUUAUGAGAAAACCCAGGAUAUCGGACCACUAGGACCAAACGAUGUGCUUGUAAACUACCGUGCGUCGCCGAUCAAUCCGUCUGACAUUAACACGAUUCAGGGGACCUAUCCACUGAAGCCGAAACUUCCGGGCGUUCCCGGUAAUGAAGGCGCUGGUUACGUUUUAGAAUGUGGACCUGGAGUGUCUAAGCUGAAACCAGGAGAUCUUGUCAUGCCUGGAGAGGCGUCCCUGGGAACUUGGAGAAGUGCUGCUGUGUACAAUGAGUCACAGCUUAUCAAACUGAACCCGAAAUUGGACAUAAUGCAAGCUGCUUUUCUCAACAUAAACCCGUCAACCGCGUACCUAAUGCUUAAAAACUACGUCGAUUUGAAACCUGGUGAUUGUGUCAUCCAAAACGGGGCGACGAGUGCAGUCGGAAUUUAUGUCAUGCAAAUGUGCAAGCUCAUGGGCAUCAACACAAUUAACAUUUUCAGGGCGCGUGAAACGCCUGAGAUGACAGAGGCUACUCGUCAAGCACUCCUUGAUUUCGGUGGAACAUUGGUUGUAACAGAGGAUGAGCUGGAGGCGUAUGAAGACAUUCAACGCUUUGGCAAAAUCCGGAUUGGGUUUAACUGUGUGGGAGGCAAGCCAACAUUGGCCUUAAUUAAGCGUCUUGACUACUCUGGAGUUCUCGUCACCUACGGUGGAAUGGCGCGUCAGCCGAUUCCAACCCCGAUUGGUCCUCUCAUCUUCAAGGACCUCCAACUACGCGGAUUUUGGCUGUCAGGAAGGGAAAAUCAGUCAGGAAACAAGGAGGCCAGGCUUGCUAUGUUGGAAGAAAUUACCGACUGGAUACUCAGUGGAAAAAUUAAAAUUGCCCCAUUUGAGUCGAUUCCCCACACUGACUGGAAAUCGGCUGUGUCAAAGUCAAUCUUUAAGGAUGACAUUCCAAGGAAUCUCCCGCGGAAGAUAGUUUUGUCUUUUCCUGAAAUUCUGUAA